AUGUCAGUUUUGACAAAGAACUUAUAUUUAAACGUUACCCGAAGAUCAGUCGAAGGAUAUUUAUGCAAAGCAUACCGGCGUAGGGACAAUAUUUGGCACGUUUUUCUUUCUUUCUUUCUUUCUUUCUUUCUCUCUUUCUUUCUUUCUUUCUUUCUCUCUUUCUUUCUUUCUUUGCACAUCUUUAUUUAUUUAUUUAUUUAUUUAUUUAUUUAUUUAUUUUUCCGUCCUUAUUUCUGUCUUUCUAUCCUUCCUCAUUUUUUUCUUUCUUUUUUCUUUCCUUCCUUAUUUCUUUCCUUCCUUCCUUAUUUUUUCUUUCUUUCCUUUCAUUUUUUUUUCCUUCCUUCCUUAUUUUUUCUUUCUUUCUUUUCAUUUUUUUUUUCUUUCUUUUCUUUCCUUCCUUCCUUUCUUUCCUUUUUUUUUUUUUUUCUUCCUUCUUUUCUUUUUCUUUCCUUCCUUCCUUAUCUCUUCUUUUUUCCUUCUUUCCUUAAUUCAUUUCCUUCCUUCCUUAUUUCUGUCCUUCUUCCCUUCCUUCCUUUUUUCCUUCCUUCUUUCUUUUUUCUUUCCUUAUUACUUUCUUUUCUUCCUUUUACUUUCUUCUUUCUUUCCUUCCUUAUUUAUUUAUUUCCUUAUUUCUUUCAGUACAAAUAUUUCGUUUCUUCCCUAUAUUGUUUUGGUGCUCUUUUUUUUUUCUUUUUUUGCUCUUUUUUUUCAUUUUCUUUUUUUUAUAGCACUCUAUCAGUUUCAUUUUUAUUUCUUUGUUUUGGUUUCAUAUUUUGUAUUAUUCAUUUCUUUUUUUUAAUUAUCUUCACUAAUUAUACGUUUUCUUUAUUUUUUCUUCAUUUUUUGCCGCCAUUAACAAUAUUUCUUUCGGCUUUCUUUUCCUUUCUAUAUUUGUUUAAAGAAGUUUAUCAUUAUUUUCCAUUAUUUCAUUUUUUUUUUUUAUUCAUAAUUUGA